CUUCCCGCAACACCAGGAAGCUCAAAACUGGAUCGCGGGCUUCCUUUGCCAAAGCAAACCAGCCGUUGGUUAAACCUGCCCGUCUGGAAAUGUCGGUGUUUAUAUCUCCUUCCCCAAAACCGUGCGCAUGAAAUCCUUUGGCACUCACCUGGCCAGGAAUGGAGUAGCAAUGGCAGUUCCUCAGCAGGCUGCCUGCCUCUCCCUCCUGGAUGUGGCCCGUCGACCCGGGACCCUUCAGCUGACACAGUGACAAAAGUUGCCGAGCCUGGAAGUGGAGUAACUGCGUGACCCACAGGAAGGAGACAUGGAGAGAGCGGCUGAGGCGCACGUCAACCGCCACGAGGAAGACGAGAUGGAAAUCUCCGGCUACAGCCCCUGCUGCUGGAAGCUGGCGCUGGUCUCGCUGGGCACCCUUUGCAGCGGAGGUUUCCUCCUCCUCUUCCUCUACUGGCUGCCGGAACUGAGCGUCAAGUGGACCUGCCGCGCCGUGCCGCUGAGGGACGCCCGAGUCGUGCUGCUGAGGACCGCGGACGAGUUCCGGACCUGGUCCCGGGUCCGGGUGCGCUCUUUCUUCGCUCCCGGAUCCAGCCCGCUGGGCUUCCCGCAGGUGCCAGAGAGCAAGAGGCCUCUCUGCCAGGCCGGCCCACUGGAGGACUGGGAUUGCGAAGAGGGCAACCUUCUGUCCCAACCCACCUGCGGGGAGCAGGCAGAGAUUCGCUUUUUCGUCCACCAGAAUUCACGCUACCUCUGGAGCCCCGAGUCCCAGUCCUUUCAGCGGCUCAGGGCCCUCGACGCUGGGCUGUUGUGCUCCUCCCUGCACACCCUCCACGGGGCUGGCCUCCCUCGCAGCACCCAGGACUACCGGAGGCUUUUCUACGGAGCCAACCAAAUUGACGUUCAAGUGCCUUCCCUCCCCAAACUCCUCAUCAAGGAGGUGUUGAACCCUUUCUACAUUUUCCAAGCCUUCAGCAUGGUGCUGUGGUCCCUGGAUAACUACUACCUGUACGCCUCUGCCAUCCUCUUCAUGUCUCUGGUCUCCAUCUGCUCCUCCCUCUACACCAUCCGGAAGCAAUACGUCCUGCUGCACGACAUGGUUGCUGCGCACAACAUCAUCCGCGUGACGGUGUAUCGGGGGCCGUAUGAGACAGAGGAGAUCUUUUCCACGCAGCUGGUUCCGGGGGACGUCCUGCUGGUGCCUCCCGAGGGCCUGACCGUCCCGUGCGAUGCGGUGCUGAUGAGCGGCACUGCCAUCGCCAACGAGAGCAUGCUCACAGGCGAGAGCGUCCCUGUGACCAAGACAGCCCUGCCAGACCCAUCGCAAGGGGCCAGCGGAAUUCUGCAGGACCUCGCCUAUGACCCCGAGGAGCACAAACGGCACACCCUCUUCUGCGGCACCUCCGUCAUCCAGACGCGGUACUACUCCGGGGAGGCCGUUCGGGCGCUGGUCAUCCGGACAGGUUUCUCCACCUCCAAAGGGCAGCUGGUCUGCUCUAUCCUCUUCCCCAAACCGGCAGAUUUCCGCCUCUAUCGAGAUGCCUACCGGUUCCUCCUCUGCCUGGUCGGCGUUGCCGGGAUCGGGAUGCUGUACUCGGUGAUCCACAGUGUGCAGCAGGAGGAGCUGGUCGGUCGCAUCAUCCUCAAAUCCCUGGACAUCUUGACCAUCACGGUGCCCCCCGCGUUGCCGGCGGCCAUGACGGCCGGCCUGGUGUACGCACAGCAGCGCCUGCGUGGGCAGCGCAUCUUCUCCAUCAGCCCCCAGCGCAUCAACAUCUGCGGGCAACUCAACCUGAUGUGCUUCGACAAGACGGGAACCUUGACCGAGGACGGGCUCGACUUCUGGGGUUUCGUGCAAGCCCAAGAUGGUUGCUUCCUCCCAGCAGGGCAGGACGUCCGGGGACCCAGCUUGUCCGGCUCGCCCUUCCUUGCCACCAUGGCCGCCUGCCAUUCUCUCACCACCAUUGGGGGACGUCUUUCGGGGGACCCUCUCGACCUCAAGAUGUUCGAGGCCACCGGCUGGGUCCUGGAAGAACCAACCCAAGAAGAGACAGCCCUGCACGACCAGAUCCAGCCCACGGUCGUGCGGCCCCCUGACCAGACGCCUCCUGCCACCUCGGAGGGGACCCCUGAGGACGAGGAGCUGAUGGAGCUGAUGAAAGUCUACGAAAUUGGCAUCCUGGCGCAGUUCCCCUUCUCCUCCAGCCUACAGCGCAUGAGCGUCGUGACCCGGACGUUGGGGGAGAAGCGACUGGUGGCCUACAUGAAGGGCGCUCCGGAGACAGUGGGCAGCCUCUGCCGCAAGGAGACGGUUCCAGACACCUUCUCAGCCGUGCUGGAGUCCUACACGCGCCGAGGGCUGCGGGUCAUCGCUCUGGCGAGCCGGCGGCUGGAGAGCAAAUUCACCUGGCACAAGAUCCAGCACAUCAGCAGAGACGUCAUCGAGUGCAACAUGGACUUCCUGGGCCUGGUGGUUCUCCAGAACAAGCUGAAGCCCGAGACGGUCCCGAUCCUGGCCGAGCUGCAGAGGGCCCGCAUCCGCCUCGUCAUGGUGACAGGAGAUAACCUGCUGACAGCCAUCUCGGUGGGGCGCGAAUGUGGCAUGAUCCCCGCCAAGGGCAAGGUGAUUCUGACUGAGGCCCUCCCUCCCAGAGACGGGCAGCCGGCCACCAUCCACUGGCAGUACGCAGACGAGCUCCCUGCGCUGGAAAUAGCGGACAAGGCCAGCAAGGAGGAGAUCAAGUUGAUGCUGGACAAGGAGGACCAGCCCCCUGCGCCCCCCACAGACACCAGCUACCACUUUGCGGUCGGCGGGAAGUCCUUCUCGGUCAUCCUCGACCACUUCCCGGAUCUCCUGCCCAAGCUGCUCCUCUGCGGCACGGUCUAUGCCCGGAUGGCCCCCGAACAGAAGACCCAGCUGGUGGAAGCCCUGCAGAAAAUGGACUACUACGUGGGGAUGUGUGGGGACGGCGCCAAUGACUGUGGGGCGCUGAAGCGGGCCCACGCCGGGAUCUCCCUCUCGGAGCUGGAGGCCUCCGUGGCCUCGCCCUUUACCUCCAAGACGCCCAACAUCUCCUGCGUCCCGGAUCUUGUCCGCGAAGGCCGCGCUGCUCUGGUCACCUCCUUCUGCGUCUUCAAGUUCAUGGCUCUCUACAGCAUCAUCCAGUAUCUCAGCGUCCUGCUCCUCUACUCGAUUCAGGGCAACCUGGGAGAUGUGCAGUACCUCUUCAUCGACGUGGCCAUCAUCAUGUCAUUGGCCUUCACCAUGAGCCUGAACCGAGCCUGGAGGGAGCUGGUCCCCCAGCGGCCACCAACCAGCCUGGUGUCGCCCCAGCUCCUGCUGUCCGUCUUCACCCAGAUCCUUCUGUCACUGGGCUUUCAGGUUGGGGCCUUCCUCCUCGUCCAGGGACAGCCUUGGUACCACAGCCAGGAGAACGGGACCUGCAGCCUUCUUCCCAACAGCACAACCCUGGCGAACAUCACUGCAGGGUUGGCGCCGGAAGGCAGCGGCGAGGACGAGGAGGACUCCGUGCGCGGCUUCGAAAACACCACCCUCUUCUACGUCUCCUGCUUCCAGUACGUGGCCGUGGCGCUGGCUUUUGCCAAGGGCCGCCCCUUCCGCCAGCCCACCCGCACCAACGCGCUGUUUGUCGUCUCCCUCGCUGCGACCUCUGGCUUUCUGCUCUUCCUCCUGCUCUGGCCCAUCCCUGCCUUGGAUGAAUUCUUUGAGCUGGCUUGCAUCCCCUUUGAGUGGAGACUCAUCCUGCUGGCCUUGACGCUGAGCAACCUGGCGCUGUCCCUCUCCCUGGAGAACUUUGUCUGCGACUGUGACACCCUGUGGCAGCGGGUUUGCUACACGAGGAGGAAGUACGAGUAUCCGAACCGGGCCACCUACCCCCAGCUGGAGCUGGACGAGGGGGCGCCUGGCUACUCCUGCCGCCGGAACGCCCCUCCCCGGGCCAAAUACAAGCGCCUGGCCCAGGAGCUCCUCUUCGACCCGGACUGGCCGCCCCAGCCCCAGACGAGCACCCGGGCCCAGGUGCCCCCCGCCGAGAGCAGCGCCUGAUAGGGCGACGGACCCCGCAGGAACCGGGUGCGCAAGGCGAAGAGGCCCUUGUGUUGCUGCAGCCGCAGUCCUUGCCGGGAAAACGGCUCCGAGCUUCUAUUAUCGUUAUUAUUUAUUCCACACCCUUUCCUCGCUGGGGCUGCAUUGAGGGGAAGCGCCUCUUGGGAACUGCAGUUUGCAAGCUGCUAUUUCUCUCUGUAAGGCGGCCGUGACGAGACCCUACGCUCCAAGCCAUGUAGCGUUUCGUGCGGCACGGUUGCGUCUUGCGCAGCAGCGGUUCGGCUCCGAGGGUUCUGCGCAUACGUGGAAAUGGCGUGUAUCCAAACGUUGGGAGUCACCCAAGCGCCGGGGGGGUGGGAAUCCCCUGUACCCCCAGAGCCCAGCAAGCAAAGCGGGGGGAGUUUAACAGGCCCUUAGCCUCCGAGAUCGCCUCAUCGCUCCACAUUUGCCCACUCAGCCUCUUCAAUCGGCAGGAUCGGGGCUGCAUAACCCCCGUUUCCUGCGCUCGCAAGCCCUCGAUCGUUCGGUGCGGCAGUGCCGGCAGACUUUGGAACUCCCUGCCGAUUGAUCCCAAAGCGAGCGCUUUCAGCUGUGCCCCUUUCAGCGCCUACUUAAAAGCGUUCUCCUUUAGGCAAGCCUGACCGGGCACUUAGAAACCCGACUUGGAAUUUCAACCGGUUUCAGCUUUUCACUACAGUGGUACCUCUGGUUGCGAACGGGAUACGUUCUGGAGGCCCAUUCGCACCAUGAAAAGGACACAACCCGCAGCAGAGCGUCUGCGCAUGCGCGGGUUGCGAUUCGUCGCACAUGCACAUGACAUCGUUUUGCGCUUCUGCGCAUGCACG